AAAGAAACGUCAGUGUAAAAAGAAAACAAAAUAAAAAAACAUUCAACUUUAAUUUUUCUCAAAAGAAAAUAAUUAAUUUUUCUGUGAUAAAAAAAGGUAAAUUAUCUCCUAAUUUCUGAUGGAUAAUCAAAGUUCUGGAGCAACUGGACCAAGCCUGAGUCAGUAUUUUGCAAAUGAUCCGCCAAGUUUUUUUGAUGAAUUAGCUGCUAAAGAGAAACAACAAAAAAAUGAAAACGUAUCUCUAAUGUCCGCAACUUUUAAUGGAUCAUUCAAAACACCAGAAUAUAUUGAAACUGGUGAAAUUGAAGAUGACCUCAAAGUUCCCGACGAAGUGCGCAAUUUCUGGGAACCACCAUUCACUGAACCUGGCAUUCCGCCACAUUUAACAAUGCCUGGUGUCAUGUCACCUAAUGAUUUGCCUGAUCCCAUUCGUGAAGCUGUCCUUAUCCAUUUAGGAGAAUCGGAACUUUCACAAAGAAAGAUUUUGCGUGCUGACGAUGUCACUCAGGACGAACGAGGUUUGAGAAACCUUAUUGUCUCUGGAUGCUAUCGCUCUGCAGUCAACUUGACUGGCAGGCUGUUAACUAUUUAUGGACAAGGAUAUGGACGUGCUGGACAACCAGCAAAGAACACUCCACAUUCUCUACAGCUUUGGUUCACUAGAUUAGCUCUCUUGGCCAAGCUUGGGCAGUACGAACUUCUUCAAUCGGAAGCUGAAGCAUUCGAUCAUCUAACUCGUCCAGAUGUCUACUAUGAAUUCCAUCCAGACAUGUACAAUGGAAAGAAAGGAUCGAUGGCUUGUUUCUCAUUCCGUUUACUUCUGGCCGAACUUCCUGUGUAUUUUGGAAAUGCCCAGGAAGCUCUGGACAAACUUUCGGAGCUAUAUGCUAUUUGCAAUGAAAUAAAAAAGUAUUUUAAAGAUGACGUCACUGCCUGUGCAUUUUGGAGACGGAGAGAAAUUAGAGUUAUUCAUUCGAUUGUGAAUUGUGCUAUAAUGAUGCGCAAGUUUAACCUGAUUGAUGAUAUAAUUCGUGACAUGAUAUUAGAGGAGACCACAUUGACCAAGGAAGAUCGUAGAUCAUUAUUUUCAGCUUGGGGACGGAUUUAUUUACAAAUUGGUGAUAUUUUUGGAGCUGAACAAAAAUUUGCUGAGGCUAGGCGUCUUAAAGAAACCAAUUCUUCACCAGAUCUUCGUGAUUUUGUUGAUAAAGGUCUCAUAGCUGUGGCUAAAAAUGACUUUCAAGAAGCUUAUUUGCUCUUUCAGAAAGCUCUUCAAAUUGAAUCUGGCAACACAAUGAUUCUUAACAAUAUGGGUGUGUGUCUGCUCUAUGGUGGAAAGUUGAAAGAUGCAAUUAAUCUUUUUGAACGUGCAAUCAAUUUAAAUCCUCAAAAGUCGUUAAACGAAAGUUUGCUGGUCAACUUGUCGACUUUAUAUGAAUUGGAGUCUUACAAUUCAGCCAAUAAGAAGUUGAAUCUUUUGAAGCUGGUUAAUAAGUUUAAACCGGACUUGAAUAUAAGUUUAGAGUUUUGUUUGAAGUUACAAGGGUCGUAAGUUUAUGUAAAGAUGAAGACAAAUAUGUUGAAAAUAAAAAUGAUAUAUCCACGAAGCAUA